UGCCGGCCUGGGCGGGCCGGACCCCCAGGUGUCCUGCCUGCGUCCUCUGGGUCAGGUUCGUGGUGGGGGAGAGUUCCAGUUUCCCGGUAAGGCGGGUCGUCCGCCGCAGUCGGGCGGGAUUCUAGGCACCGUACUCCGAGAGGCCCCCCCAGUCUGAGGCCGCAGAUGGUCUAGUCCGGCCGAGAACCCGGCUGCGGGCCGCGGCGCCGGCGCCUGGGAGUGAGGGCGAGGCGCCCACGCAUGCGCAGAGGCGGCGCAUGGGGGCGGGCGGCGCGGGGCCCCUUCCCCACGUUGGCGAAGGUCAUUGUGAAGAACAACUCUGGGUACAAUGAUGAACAGAAUGCAUGUGACGAUGGCUCAGAUUUUAAGAUCUCACCUGAUAAAUGCUUCACAGAUUCCUAAUAGAGUGAAAAUGCUUCCAUAUCUUGGUGUCAUUAGAAAUAGAAUGAUAUCGACCCAUAAAUCCAGUAAGAAGAUCAGAGAAUAUUAUCGGCUGCUGAGUCUGGAUGAAGGAUGCUCUGCAGAUGAUGUUAGGGAAUCUUUUCAUAAGCUGGCCAAGAAAUACCAUCCAGAUAGUGGCUCUAGUACUGCUGAUUCUGCAACAUUUAUAAGAAUCGAAGAAGCUUAUAGGAAGGUACUUUCCCACGUGGUAGAACAAUCACAUGCCAGACAGAAUAAAGGUGAAAAUGUAGAAGAAGAAGAAGAAAAAUUCAAAUAUAAUACACCCCAACACAGGCAUUAUUUAAGUUUUGAAGGUAUUGGUUUUGGGACUCCAAGUCAGCGAGAGAAGCAAUAUAGGCAAUUUAGGGCAGAUCGUGCAACUGAGCAAGUGAUGGAAUAUCGAAAGCAGAAGCUACAAAGCCAGCAUUUCACUAAUAGUGUGACCGUCAAAGAUGUGAGACAGAGCAAAGAACAAAAGAUAACUCAGGCAAUAGAGAGGUUAGUGGAGGACCUCAUUCAGGAAUCAAUGGCAAAAGGAGACUUUGACAAUCUCAGUGGGAAAGGAAAACCUCUAAAGAAGUUCUCUGGCUGUUCAUAUAUUGAUCCCAUGACUCACAACCUGAACAGAAUAUUGAUAGAUAAUGGAUACCAACCAGAAUGGAUCCUAAUGCAAAAGGAAAUAAAAGAUACUAUUGAACAACUCAGAGAGGCAAUUUUAGAGUCUAGGAAAAAACUUGGAAAUCCUAUGACACCAGCAGACCAGAAAGAAUGGAACCAAGUUUGUGAGCAGUUUCAAGAAAACAUUGGAAAACUAAACAAACGAAUUAAUGAUUUUAAUUUAAUUGUUCCCAUCCUGACCAGGCAAAAAGUCCAUUUCGAUGCACAGAAAGAAAUUAUCAAAACCCAGAAAAUAUAUGAGACCCUUAUAAAAACAAAAGAAAAUGCAGAUAAAAGCCCAAAUAAUAUUCAUCAGGUAGAAGAGAAAACACCUGGAGUCAAGACAAGUCUUUUAAACUGGAUGAAUCUGUGGAAAUUUAUUAAAAUAUGACCAUUUUGAUGCUCACUAUCUCAGAACUGCUUCGGUUCAUUUUCAGUUGCACUGAUACCAAACAUAGCUGCUGAGAUGUAUUGCUGUAUUGUACACAUUUGAGAAUUGUGUGAAUGCAUGUGACAGUGGCUCAGAUGACGAUGGCCUUUGUACUUUUCACUAAACUAAUCAUGUCCUUAGUGAUGUGUGAGAAAACUCCAAACUCAGAGAAUUGUCAACCUGCCUUGCUCUGUGGAUACAGCAAGAAAAGAAGAGAACUGACUUCUAAAGGAAACAAUUGAAACCAUUUCAGAGUUUAAAUGCAUCUCAGGUAAAAUGAGUGAGAAUUGAAAACUCAGACUUGAGAAUCAUUCAGGGUAUUCUGAAAGUCUUAGUGCAGUUUGAAGAUCUAAUAACUUAAAAGCAGUUACUGAUUGCCAUUUUCAAACACAGGAACUUAACAACAAAACUUAAAUAUGCAUUAUCAAAACACAAAACUAAAGAAAUAUAAUGAAAUUUAACUAACCAAACCUCUGAAUGAUAAAUGUUUUUUGCAAGUUUGCUGCAUUUAUACUUCUGAGCUUAGUAAAGCUCAAAACCAUUCUAAAAUUUUUGGAACAUCCUCUUAAAUGCUAAGGUCAGGAAGUUUGCUUAGUGUAGUUUUGUGCCGUUAUUACAGAGACCUUCCUGUGAGUACUAAAUGAAGAAAACACCAAACAGCUUGGUUGUACUUCUAACUUCAUGAUCCAUUUUGGCUGCAGAACCCAAUCAUAUAAGCUAGUUGACUUAGAAACUCUAGAAAUAGACUCAUGUCCACUUUUAAAGAGGUUUAUUUAUUUAUGUAUUUAUUUAAAUUUUCAGAGGUGGUAAAAAUCCUAAGGCUCAAUGCAAAUGUAAGAUUUCACUUCUAGCUUAUCUCUGAUCACAGGUUGAAACUUUAGGUUUCCAUAAAUUUACCUCAAGCCUCUGUGUCUGAAAUCAGAUUCUCCAGAGGCUUUUCAGUGAUGUGAAGAUCAUAACUUAUUGUCUGGGGCUGGGGAGAUAGCUCAGUCGGUAGAGUGCUUACCUUGUAAGCACAAGGCUCUGGGUGAUCCCCAGCACCAAAAAAAAAAAAAAAAAAAAAAAAAAAAAAAAAACCACUUAUUGUCUUAUAGACCCAAUUUUCUGUCUUUCAGACCUUUUAAUAAGCAAAGAUAAUUGCCCAUUAAAAAAUAAUAAAUAGUUAUACGAGAAAAAAAAAAGAUCUAAAUUUCAUGCAUUUGCGUCUUUGGCAAAUGACAA